AUAUUUUGUUUUUGUUCUUAGCACGAAUUUUACAAUAACAACAAUAAUAAAUUUUAUCUAUGGAAUGGCAGUCUAUGGACGUCAUCCAUCUUUCAAAGCGUUUUCAAUUGACUUCAUUUUUAUUUGAAAAAUUCAUUUUUUAUUCAAUAUAAUUCGAUAUUUAUUAAUAUUCUUUUUAUUUUUAUCAAUAAAUUAGUGUACAUAGUAUCAAAUAAACAAAAAUAGGUGGAAAAAAGAUGUCUUCAGGGAGACCUAUCAAGUGUGUUGUGGUCGGCGAUGGUACUGUGGGAAAAACGUGUAUGUUAAUUUCAUAUACAACAGAUAGCUUUCCAGGCGAAUAUGUGCCCACAGUAUUUGAUAAUUAUUCUGCUCCUAUGGUGGUGGAUGGCGUAGCAGUAUCUUUAGGUUUAUGGGAUACUGCAGGUCAGGAAGAUUAUGAUAGACUAAGACCUCUAAGUUACCCACAAACUGAUGUCUUCCUUAUAUGUUUUAGUGUUACAAGUCCUUCAUCCUAUGAGAAUGUGACUUCCAAAUGGUAUCCUGAAAUAAAACAUCACUGCCCUGAUGCACCUAUUAUUCUAGUUGGAACAAAAAUUGACUUGAGAGAUGAUAGAGAAACAUUAAGUUUGCUCUCGGAACAAGGCAUGUCACCUUUAAAAAGGGAACAAGGGCAGAAGCUGGCAAACAAAAUUAGAGCGGUCAAAUACAUGGAAUGCUCUGCCUUAACACAACGUGGACUCAAACAAGUAUUUGAUGAAGCAGUGCGUGCAGUAUUAAGACCAGAACCUCAGAAGAGGCAUCAGAGGAAGUGUUUGAUUAUGUAAAUAUAACUUAAUGACAUAAUUAACAAUAAUGACACUCAUGCAGGAAUCUCAUACAAACAGUAAUAAUGUGUUUCUAUACCAAAAUUCUGCUCAGUUUACACAUAGAAAUAAAAUAGAAAAAGCUCAUACAAAUGUAGACCCACAUGUGCCAUAAACUUCAUUAUUACUGCAUAGUGCUAUUAAUACAGAUGUCAAAAAUGAACAUGGUGAUAUAUUCUAGUAAUAUUACUUUGUGAUUAUGUAUUAAAAGGAAAUGCCAAAGAUUAUGAGUAGAUUUAAGUCGCAGUAUGUUAUAGUUUGUUUUUUAAACCUUAUUGAUGGUUAGAAACAAAUUGUUACUGUUAAGAAUUGGUGAAAUUACUAAUAACAUUAUUUUUAUACACGCAACUGAACCUCGAAUAUUUUGAAUUCUGAGAUAUUAUAUUCUUAUGCGACUUGUGAAUAAGGACUGACUGUAGAUGCUAGUGUGUACUAUUAACAUACUCAAAUUUAUUAUAUAAUUAGUUGCGAGUGAGUGGUAAGGCAUUUAUCAUGAUUAUUCAGGAGCAAAAUCUUUGUUAUUGCAUUUUAUUUAGAUGUAUAGGAUGUGCUGAUUAAAAGUAGAAUACUUGCUAAAUAAUAUUUUUGUAAAUUUAGCUAUUGAAACAAUUUCUAAAUGGCAAUAAUACUUGGUAAUAUUUCAUACAAAUUUUGUAUAAGUGUAGACCAAUGGAAUGUGUAUAGAUAUUUCUGCACCUAUCCAAAGCAGUCAUAAAAUAUAAUGAAGGUUCAAAUAUAUCCACAUAACUUGGUCUACCGGUCGAAUUAUGGCAGCUGAAUUGUAUGCUUCAGUGAUGAUCAUUUAUUAUUCUAGUUUGAUUAUUUAAUUUUGUUGUAUUACUAAUAUUACUGAUUUAUUGUAUGUAUGAAUUUAUUUAAUUUUGUAUAGAUAUGUGGAAUUAAGAUGUAAAGUGUGUUUAUAAUGAUUCAUUAGGGUGAACUAUUUUUGUAUGUGGAAAUCCCUAGGCUAAGAAUAUUAACACAUUUACCGUGUGAUAAUAGUAAUUUAAACUGUUCGACAAUAUGGUACUUCUGUAUUGUUUAGAUAAUAGAUUAAUCUCAUUCUUUAAAAAUUUACACAUUAGUCAUUAUUGGUGAUUAAUAUAUAAAAUUAUUUGAGAAUAGAUAACUUGCCUUUAAUAUACAAAUUUUAAUGAGUGUCAAGAGUUUGAUAUGACUGAUUGUUUACCUUAUUUGAAAUACAGUAGUAAUUACAAAUUACUAUUUGGCAUUGGAUAAUUGCUACAGCUACAAAUUGAAUAGAUAAUAAGGUUUGUUAUGACUUCAUCCUGACGUAAUCACUUACCUGUAGACAUGGUUACAUAAAUUAUUUUAAAAGAUUAUGGAUUAUUUAUAAUAAUAAUAAUUCAACAAACAUUGUUACCCUUACAAAAGAGAAUUCAAACAAAGUAACAGCAUACUCAUUAUAUAUCAGGAGACAAAAUAUGUCAAGACUUUGAAGACAUUUUAAUACAUCCUUUUAUAAUUUUGGAUCGACUUGUACAACAAACACCACUUAUAAACAUUCAUUCUUUAUUUUAUCAAAAUGUAGGAACGUCACAAUUAUUUGUCAGUUUUCAAAAAUUAAUUGUUUUCAAAUUUAUUGAUUGAUUAUUUAAAAAGUUCUAAAAUGUUAAUCAUAGAAUACAUUGCAUAUAAAUCAUCUAUCAAUAUAAAUGUUAUAUCUAUUUUAUAUUUUUCUUCGAAAUUUUCCAAAUAUUUUCAAAUAUUUUUUUACUAUCAAAAUCUAAGUUUUCAGCAACAGCUGAAUUAACCUUUUAAUUUCCUAGCAGAAUACUUUAAAUAAUCAAUUGUCAAAUUGUUUUUGGAAAUUGAUCAAUAAUUGCGACAUUGCUACACUUUGGUAAACAAAUAUAAAUUAUCUUACUGCAACUAAAUUAACUAGCUAUUGUCUAUCAUUGUAUUUAAUUCAUUUACAAAAUGUAAUAAAUAUAAAGUCUAUAAAUUUAAUCCAACUUCUCCCGAUUGCAAUUCAUUUUGUAAUAUAUAAUCAUUUGCAUGAAUAAAUAAUUAAUGAUUGUCCAACAAAAAGAAACUGACAUCAAUUGUGACAAAAGCAGUUUUGUGUUUUUUAUUUUAUAAAAGAUAUGGGUACACGCGAUAGUUACGAUUCAAAGUUAUCACAAUUGAUAGAGGAUUUAUUAACCAAAUUAUUUACUGUAAAAUGAGAAUGAUAAUAUUUUAUCUUACUUUUUGAUCGAUAUGAUAUAGGACUUAUAAAUAACAAAAUAUUACUAUAAAGACAGCUAAGAUGUCAGCAAGUUAUUACCAUUACAUACUAAUUGUAUACAAACAAGCAAAACAGAUGUACAAUAUUGUGUAAGAGUUUGUAAUCUUUUCUUACAGUAUCGUAAAUUACACGUAAUGUUACUGAAUCUAUGUAAUAUGCCCGCCUAUGUGAUUGUUAGAGCCACCUUCAUACUGUAUCCUACUACAUUCAUUCAAAAUACAAUAUAGCUUUUUGUUUUCAAUAUCAUUGUAAUUUAAAAACCAAAGUUGACUGAUGUAUCUACAUAAGUAAUUUAUUAAUACAUUUCAAUGAAUUUGACGUGGUUCAGUAAUGGGUGCAUUGCUUUGUGUAAAUAAGGUCCCGGUUUGAUUCCCGGCCGGGACAAAUUAGGCAAUGAUUUUUUUCUAGAUUGACUUAGAUCUGGGUGUUCUAGGUUGUGAGCCCUGAUGUUUGUUGCCUGGUUCCUUAUACACGUAUAUGAGACAUUUUAGCUCGAACUCCAGAUGAUUGAUGUGAUUAUGAAAAAAAAAAGCAUUUUGAUAUAACUAUGUAUAAUAUUAUUUAUUUAUCUACAACAUAGAAAAUAAUUUUAAAUAAAACAAAUUAGAAUAUGUAGUUGACUCUAACAAUUAUGCAUGCAGUGCAAUAAUAAAAAAAUUAUGUACAAUUCCAGUAUACUGUGAGUGGCAUUACCGAUGCUCUGCAGACCUCACGGUGAACCUCAAACAUUUUGAGGACCUCACUAUUUAGAACUCAUUGGUAUUUUGCGGGAAAACUCUUAGUUCACAGCUACGUUACUGUUAGUAUACAGAACAAUUUAUCUAAAUUAUUCUAAAUGGAAAUAUCCAAAAAUCUGUUCUAAUCCACUGAGAAUUUUUUUCACUCGCAUCAAUUAUGGUGCACAAAAGCAACAUUCUGUUCACUAUCAAUUAUUUACUGAAGAUAUUUUUAUAAAGUGAUCAAGUUUUUUCAUAUAUUUACAAGCGAUCCGGCCCGUGCCCGGCACGGGUAUUAAAUAUAUUAGAAAAAAAAAUUGCAAAUAAUAUGUAGCCUAUGUUACUCGCAGACAACGUAGGUUUCUAUUACUAAUCACGCUUAACAGAUGGAAAAUUGACUAUAUUCUGAAACAGCGAGGUAUUGGGAUUGUUUAAAAAUGAGGAUCGAGAGUAUGUCUCGUGUCUGGGUAGCGUUUACUUUUUCGCUACACAAGGUAAGAUAUUUAACGUUCAAGCAGUUGGUAUACGCAUGACCCGCUUACAAGUAUUAUUGCUACUGUUCAGGGUAACAAAUUUAUUUAAAAAUAAAAUAUCUGUCUAUGGUAACCGUUUAAUAUCAGGCGAGUUAAAUGCAAGUUUACUUGAAUAAAUGAAUUAAAAAAUAAACUUGAUGUUCGGUGGAUUAAAAUAGAUUCAUCUGUCCAUUAGGUCAACAAUUUCAAUUAAAUUAAAACCAACAGUCAUCGAGCACGUCAGAGGGUUAGCCACUAGUGCAGUUAUGAAACUGUUUCUUUUCUCAAGAUGCGGGGUCUUGCGUGGCGCGUUGCUUGUAGCUUUAACAAAUCGUGGUUUAAUUUGUCCAAUUUGCGUCCCUCACAUAGCGCCUCGUGGCCGUAAUCAACUUCUAUUAUACUUAGUAUUCUGUAUACACAGUGAACUGGAAUUGUCAUUAAUCAAACCUUAUCCAUUUUAUCAUUGCAUAUUUAAAGACUGCUUUGAUUUAUAUUAUGAAGCUUUGAAAUAAUUGUAUAUAUACUUAUUCAAUUAUAAGAAAAAAUGCGCAAUUUAUGAAUGAAUCUUACGUAAUACUGCACUUCAUAAAUUAUUGAAUUUA